AUCUAUUAUAUAUAGAGGUUACAAAUCUUGCUUCAUUUCCAGCUUCCUUCCUCCAACGCCUCGGCCGAGUCUUUAUUAAAAGCAACUCCUCGAUCGAUCUUCUUCUCCCUUUUGUUGUGUUAAAUUAAACAUGAUGGGCUUUCUUCAGCUAGCCACUCUCUCACUCUUUUCCCUUCUUGUUUCCAAGCUCAGUUCCUUAUCAGCCAUGUCGAUUUACAUAUAUUCGAUUGCUACCAAUUUGAAAUGGGCAUUCAACUUCUUGCUUUACCAUGCUUUCUCCAAGACCUACGCCUUUGACCACGUGGUUCCAGAACUUGGUCAUGAUGAUCAUGAAGAACUUAGCAUAGAACGAUACCAGCACACGCCUGGUAGUAGUACUGAUGCAGAAGUGCAAUGUGCUGUGUGUCUGUGUAAGAUGGAAGAUGGAGACGAGUUUAGAGUGCUGAGAUGUGAGCAUCUGUUUCAUAGAGUUUGCUUAGACAGAUGGACUGGAUACAAGGUUAAUAAUAAUCAAACCUGCCCCUUAUGCCGAGAUUUCUUAACUCGGGCGAGAAUGAUUACAGAGCUGGGAGUGGAAGUUCUAUCGUUUAAGUUUUACACGUUCAGAUCCGAUGCCCGCGAGACAUGGUGGCUUCGGUAAAUAUUAAUCAUGAUGGGGCCGGCGAAUUAGCUGAUGAUGCAGGGAUUAAUACUGCACAAUCUGGUACUAGUACUCCUUUGUUUUGCAUGUCUGGCCUUUUCCCAGAGAAAAAAGAAAAAUCAAGGAAAUUGUUCUUCCGUUUUUCAUAGUACAGUAGUUUGAGGCUUAUUCCCUGCAUUGUAGAUGGUAGCUGGAAACCAUCGUCAAAGUGAAUGUUGUGCUACUUAUAUAUAUAUAUAUAUGUGUGUGUGUGUGUGUGUGUGUGUGUGUGUGUGUGAACAUGAUCACUUUGUGCUACUUACAGCCACUUGUAUGUUCUUCCAAGAAAUAACUAUGUCUUAAUACAAAAACCCACAUAAGUAUCACUGAGUUUAAUUAGAGAAGUCAGCUGCAGGCUGAUUUUAAUUUUAAUUUU